AUGCCAGGCGCCGGCCAAGAAAUUGGACUGGAGCUCCUAGCUAACUUUCACAAGUCGUACAUAGUUCGUUGGGUCAAAGUUGACGAAGGAAACACCCUAUCGUGGAGUGUGCAGCCACACAAAAAGUCCAUCAAUUUCGGUAUUGUUAAGCAUCCCGGCAGCGGUGCCACCACUUUCGCAGCCUCGACUGGUGAAGACCUGAACAAUGGUACAGAAGAAUCGGGCGGCACCUCAGACGGGAAGGCAAGCCGAUUUGCGAAGAAAGAGAUCAACGCACAGGAACUCCUGAAAAGUAAAGGAUUUAUCCCCAUAAAAUGGAUAGGCAAGUGUGAGGCGGACAAGGUCUCAAUCGGCACCUACGAUGUUAAAGAAGAUCAAAGCGGAAUGUACGGCUUAGUGUUCGACAACACGUUCUCAAAGCAGACAUCCAAAACUGCAACAUUUGUGGUCAUGACAUAUCCUACAGGAGCGCCACCUUCAACAUCAUCACAUCUGCCAAAUCUUCAGUCGCAGAAAGCUGGAGCCAGCCAGACGAGUCUUGGACGACACAGUAGCCCGAAGCUCGACGGGGCUGCGUCUGCCUCUUUGGACAGCCUUCACAGUCACAAUGCCGCAGGGAAACCGGGCUCUGUCUCUGGUCGGAGCGAUGGUGGUUCCAACAAUUAUCAUGUCGGCGUUUUGCACAAGAGACGUCGUAAGAAGGGACAAGGUUACGCACGAAGGUUCUUCUCUCUUGAUUACUCUACGUGUACUCUGUCCUACUAUUACAACCCAAAGUCAUCUGCGCUCCGAGGUGCUAUACCUUUGAGCUUAGCUGCUGUUGCUGCGGACGAACGACGAAGAGAAAUUAGCAUUGAUUCAGGCGCCGAGGUGUGGCAUCUGAGAGCUCCCAACGAUAAGGAAUUCCAGGAUUGGGCACACGCUUUAGAGAAGGCGAGUCGUGUUGCAAGGGGGCUAGAGAGCCUUGAUCUUCCAAAGAAGAACGAGCUUAAGAUCAACACCAAGCAGCUACAACCCAUCCACCAGUCUUCUCCCCAGGAAGAUAGAGAAUGGGAACAGGUCGAAUCCCUAGUCAGCCGCGUUGUUGGAACCCGAGAUGCACUCCGACGUUUGACUCGGGAGGUCACUUCACAGGCAAAGCCGACGCCAGUGACCAGCCCUCAAUACCUAUCACCUGGAGCUGUGAGCAGUGCUAUCGAGGAGAACGACACAUAUUUCACCCCUCCACCGGACCAGAGACGCUCUUUUUGGCGACGGAAGUCGAACACUCCUGCGAUAUCCCCCGCGACGCUGGGUGCGGCUACGGCUAUGGCAGUGUCCACACCAGGUGGUGUCACAACGACUAUCUCAGCCAACAUGCCAAACCACUCACGGAGACAAUCCAAGGGUCUUAUCCGGGAAGAAAGUUCGCUACAAGACCAUUGUCAAUCACUUCUAACAGAUCUGGACUCGGUUGUGUCCGAGUUCACAAGUCUUAUCAACAACAGUAAACGGCGUCGAAUGCCUAUACCCUUGUCGGCUAGUGGCAUGUCGAGAAAGAGCAUAGACACAGUCUCGACAGCUGACGAGUUUUUUGAUGCCGAGGAUGCUAAUUCUGCUGUUCUUAAAAUUGAUGGCAGCGAAGAUGGCGCAUCGCGAUCGGAAGAUGGAGAAGAGGAAGAAGAAGAGGAGGAGGAAGAUUCUUUCCGAGAUAAUUCUUCUGUAUCAUCGAUAGGGGAGAACGACGCAACAAAUCCCGACGACGCAUCUCAUCUCUUCCCCGCAAAGCCCAAGAGCCUCAUUCCUUUGCCUAUUGAACAAAACGUUGCGAGAAGAUCGACCAUACCACCUGCAGCUGCAGCAGCCCCAAGUCUGAUCGCCUUUUUCCGGAAAAACGUUGGCAAAGAUUUUAGUACAAUCAGUAUGCCCGUCACGUCGAACGAGCCCUCUUCUAUGUGCCAGAAGGUGGCCGAGCAGCUUGAGUAUGCACAACUACUAAAUCAAGCAGCAAAGCAAUCUUCUCCCACAGAUCGACUUUUAUUUGUGGCAGCAUUUGCAGUUUCGCAAUUCAGCAGUGGGCGAGCUAAGGAGCGCGCCAUCCGAAAGCCUUUUACCCCUUUGCUAGGCGAGACCUUUGAACUUGUCCGAAGUGAAAAGGAGGUUCCCGGAGGCUUCAGGCUCUUGGUCGAGAAGGUCCAACAUCGACCUCUUCUCCUGGCGAUGCAAGCGGACUCAGCCAACUGGUCUUUCUCACAAUCACCUGCACCUGGCCAAAAGUUCUGGGGUAAGAGUGCCGAAAUCACAACAGACGGACGUGUACGAAUUGUUCUACGUCUUUCGAACGGAUCCGAGGAGCGGUACUCUUGGAACAUCGCUACCAUGUUCCUACGCAACGUGGUGAUGGGUGAGAAAUAUGUUGAGCCCGUGGGUACGAUGCAUGUUGUCAACGACAGUACUGGCCACAAGGCUGCGGUUGAGUUUAAGAGUAAGGGCAUGUGGGGUGGACGCACUGAGGAUGUUAGUGUUGAAAUCUUCAACCCUGAAGGUGCCAACACGGGAAGUGGUUUGGUAGGCACAUGGACCAGCAGUUUGAAGACAACUGGUAAAGGCGGCGGCCAGGAGAUCUGGCGCGUAGGGUCUCUGGUGGAUAAUGCAGCCCAGACCUUUGGCUUCACAACAUUUGCCGCAAGCCUGAAUGAGGUGACAGAGGUUGAAAAGGACAAGAUCCCGCCAACUGACUGCCGUCUGCGACCUGACCAGCGUGCAUACGAAGAAGGCGCGAUCGAUGAUGCCGAGGAGCUGAAACAAAAGCUGGAGGAAGCGCAGCGUGUGCGACGCCGUGAACUCGAAGAGCGGGGUGAGACAUACAAGCCUCGAUGGUUUGUCAAGGUCGAGAACGCUCCAGAGGGUGAGGAGGUAUGGAAGCUAAAGACCGGAAAGGAUAGCUACUGGGAAGAGCGUGCAAAGGGAAACUGGCAGGGGGUUGAGGAGCUCUUUCAGAUUUCUUGA